AGAAUCCAUCAACCUUAUCCUCCAAAGGUUCCAACUUGCCAUCUCUUCUGAAUUUUCAGGCCCAGAAAAGUAAAAAGAAAAGGAAAGAGGAACAAAGAAGAAAACAAGACAUGGCAACAAAUAUUCUCUCAACUGCAAACCCAUUCCUUCUACCAUCAUCUUCAUCAUCACCAUCAUCCUCACCCUCUUUGUCAUCAGCAACACUAACACAUGUUCAUCACCACAUCAAAUGCAGUGUGAAAAGGCAAUUAACUCUUUGCAAAGCAGUGAACCAGACAGCACUUCCAACUUUGACCAAAAGAGACUUGUCCAUCAGUUUUUUCACCAGCUUUGUGCUUUCAUUGGCUGGUAAGGGGUGCUUGGAUGCCAAUGCAGCAAUACUUGAGGCAGAUGAUGAUCUGGAGCUCUUGGAAAAAGUAAAGAAGGAUAGAAAGAAGAGACUUGAGAAACAAGGUGUGAUCAGUUCAUCCACCAAAGAAACAGGGUAUCUUCAGGAUGUGGUGUACAAACUGAGUGAAGUUGGUCAAGCAAUUGAAAACAAUGAUCUAUCUACAGCUGGUUCUGUCUUUGGGAGAGGCAAGGAUACUGAUUGGGUCCAAAAAGCUAACAUAGCUCUGAACAAGCUAAGUUCCAGUCCUGAAGAAAAGUCUGAGGCGGAUACAUUCAGCUCUUCGAUAGCUUCAUUGAUUUCAUCAGUUUCACAGAAAGAUGUUGAGUCAUCCAAACUGGCCUUUGUGUCUUCGGCCAGCGCAUUUGAGAAGUGGACCUCCUUGACAGGGCUGGUUGCUCAGCUUAAGGGGCUUUGAUCUUUGAUGGAAGCUACAAGACAUUUUACUUCAUCUUGAUUUAUUGAACAUAUAUACAGAGAGUUACAUUCAUUUUCCCUUCUAUUCUGUCACCUAAUUGGUGACUUGUAGCAAUCUUACCCUCAUACAGCAUCAAGAGAAAAAGACCAGCAAUUACCAUUCGUUUUUAGGAAAUUUGAGCUUGGGUGUGAAUCUCUCACAGUUGCAAUUUUAAUGUCACUGAGAAUUUGACUGGAUGCAUUAGUCUUUCACUUAACAGUGCAAUUGCAAGGACUUAUUUUGAUUUAA